CACCAAGAAGCACUACCUAUCUUCAUCAGCCCAAACCUAUGUCGUCAAAUAUCAGGCUCUGCUUCGGGUUGAGCUUCGACAGCAAAUGAAUCCCACACACCAUGACGGAUGUUCUAUCAGCUUCUACAAGACUGCCAACAUAUGGCCUGCACACACACAUGUCAGCGUCCCAGAUCCCAGUUGGCUUUGCUCGCAAUGCCGUGGGCCACGGAGACCCACAGGAAACAGGCACGCGGCCGACUGAACAAUCUACAUACUUUGAUCGCAUUGGCCUUGGUUUCAGGCGUAGAAGAAAUAUCGACCAUACUUCUGCUGGAACCCUUGUUUUGAGAUCCGGUGGAGAUACGUCAAAGCAUUAUGUGACACUCCGAGAUGCCCAACGCUGGGCCCAGAAUCUUCCACGAAAAUUGAAGAGUAUGCAUGUUCCGAUAAAGACCCAAAAAGUGCUCUUGAAAUUUGAAUCAGUUUCUGAAACUCUUUCACGAAGAACUAUGCCUACUCCAGAUGCUUCAUUGGCCAAUUCACAUGAGAUCCCGCAACCUGGCUUUGAGGUGCUAUGUGGGAUCAUCAGUACACCAGAAAUACCACAAGAUGACCAUCUCUCGAGCAAUGGACCCGAACCAGAUGAAGCGGCAUAUGCAAGAGAGGAGUUGAGAUGUCGACCAGAAAGUCAAGACAUUGAUCUGUGUGAAGGCCGACCAAAUACACCGCCACGAGAGUCUCCGGCUACUCUCCAACCUCUACGUACUGAGCUAGGACCUGAUCAGGGACUUGUAACAUUAGAUAUAGGAGCACCUAUCAUAGGCCCUGAGCUCUCAUUAAUACAGUCAGAAAGUAUUUCCAGUGAUUGGACAAAAAUUGAACGACUUAGAACGAAAAUAUGGGGUCAUCGGUCUAGGGUACAAGAAGCCCGCAGCGUUUUGCGACUUAAACAGCAGGUGAAAGCUGUAGCUGAUGAUCGAUAUAUUCAGUAUGUCAGAUUGCAUGGUCACGGAAUAAUAUUUGGAGACCAUACUCUAUCUGACGAACAAGCGGAGGUCAGUAAGCUAUUCCAAGCGUGUGAGGAAGCUAGGCAGGAAUAUGGUCCACUAGAAGACAAUUGUAAUGCCCUUGAAAGUGAUCUUACUGUCUUGGAGUUUCAACUGGAUUGCCUUGAGAGAAAAUUUUACGAUCGAUCGUCUCAGCAUCCGACAUCUUUGACUGCCAACUACGACUCUACGCAUCGCUCGGCAAAGCAAAUAUCAAGUUCAUCUUCGGACAGUGGCUCUGAGGAAGCUCAAGAAUAUCAUCCACUUGUCUCCCAGUAUCUUUCCAAACUUGGGGAUGUGGAUAUUUAUAGAGAGAGACUUGACGAAUUACUCGAAGAGAGAUAUAUUUUGGAGGAGGAGAUGGAAAAGAGGGCACGGGUGGGGCUAAGAUUGUCAGAUGAGAAUGAGCAGUGGCUUGCAAAUUACUCGCAAGUCGAAGCCGGUUUGAUCGAUGACUUAGAAAAUGCGGAGAAUGAAGCAGAGAAGCUCAAACGGGAUUGUCUGAAACAAAACCUGGUUGACGAAGAUGGAGAGCCCACUGACCAAGAAUAUCAAGAGAAGCUCACAUUCGCGGAGGAGCUCAACGACGCUGGGAGGAAUGAGGUUUCUGAGUACGUAAAGUAUCCAACUUUACUUCCAAGCCCGGAGACAAAACUGGCUAAGUCUCUUCCUACUUCCAUACUUUUUGUGGACGAUGCUGCGCAUAUUCAAUCCGUCAGGGUCAACUGGUGGAUUCUUGAACAGGUCCGAAGAUCCGCCAUGGAGGUCGAGCUACUUGCUAGAACCCAUGAAACUUACCAUGAUCAAAUUACAAGUCGAGAGAAAUGGCAAACUGACGUACUUCAAGUUUGGUACGAGGACGGAGCUCAAGAUGACUGGCUUUCUGCUCGUGCAUCUAGUCUGGUCAAAACUAUGGCUCCUGUGGGCACUGGACGAACAUCAAGCAUCUCUUCCGAAGAUAGUUCCAGUAAUGUCUGCAAACCAGCGAGUCAACAAUUUCUUCCGCGAAAGUCGUUCUCAGAAGACGGCUCCAUUGACUCCCGACGUAGCCAUCCAAUUCUGAAUGCUCCACGGCCAAUACAUUUAGUGAACAAAGGCCUCUAGAAGUUGUCAACCAAGCCUCCAAGACUCCAAGACUCAAGUCAAUUUAUUGCGAGUACCCAAGAAAUUUCUGCCACGUUGAAGAAUGAUCUCCUAUCUCGAUGGUCAUAUUUGCCCUCACACCCGCUAUCUUUCACCAUUGAGCAAGUCGGUCCUAAGUUCCUGACACCGUUUGUGAUUACAGGCUGAUCGCCAACAGUCAUGAGUGGUAGCUCUGCUGCUCAGGCAAACUUUGGAGCUUCAGGUCAUUAUUUGGUUUCGUUUUUCCUUCAUUGAGCUUGUUACGGGUUUUUGUUCACGCGUUAGUGUCCAUCUACAUUUUGUAUCGACAGCCUGUACUUGAGCAGAAGAAUUGUGUUUAUUUUCGCAGACUCAGCCAGAUCUUUAGUGUUAGUGCUGUAAGGGGUACCCCUUUGCUACUAGAAAUUGUUGUUUUUCGUUAUAUUGUCGAAUUGUUGUUUCGGGAAGGUUGGAAUAUGUAUAAUACUUCCAGGGACAUGUAUUUGCAGGUGGCAGCUCAAGUUAGUGAGCAGAUCACGUUGAGAGAUCGGAGCACACAGAACGAUCAUUAUUAUCAAGC